GUUUGGAAGUGAAGUGAACUGGUGAAGUGGUCGCGGCAUGUACAACAUUGGUUUGGAAUAUAUUUCCCUCCAAACAUAAUAAUAGGUUAUUCAUUAUAAACAAUAAGAAAUAGGGAUCAUAAUACCUGUCAAGGCAUUUGGAUUUAAUUGUAAAGUUAUUGUUGAUGCGAGGCAAAGAAACAACAAUGUCUGGACCGGCUCAUCACUUUAUGCCAGGCUUGGCAAAUUCCCAACAAGGUAUGAGGGGUCAAUUUGGUGGCCCAAUGGCAGGACAAAUCGGUGCACAAAUUCCAAAUCAAUUGUCUAAUCAGUUAUCAAAUCAGAUGCCAGUUCAAAUGGGCAAUCAAAUGGGACCACAAAUGUCCAACCAAAUGAUGUCGCAGAUGGGAAAUGCUAUGGCAAAUCAAAUGAAUCCACAAAUGAGUAAUCCGAUGGCAGCCCAGAUGGGGAAUACAAUAGCAAAUCAAAUGGCUACAAUGAACUCGAAUACACAAAUGGCUAUGAACAUGAAUCAACAGUACAACAUAGGACCUGCGAAUCCAAUGCAACCACAGCCACCAAAUGCAAUGCAAAUGCCACCUCAAUCAAUGGGUAUGCAGCAUCAUACAAUGCCUCAACCACCAGUUUUACCAAAUGGUGCAACAGUUGCUCCAACUCCAACACCUCCAGUAGUUCAAGCUCAACCACAGCAAUCAAAAGAAUUUAAUACUGCAUCUCUUUGUAGGAUAGGUCAGGAAACUGUGCAAGAUAUUGUAAGUAGGACACAAGAGGUGUUCCAAACAUUAAAAGCUAUACAACCACCUAAUGGUACACCACAAGGUUCAAAUGCAAGCAAUGAGAAAAAGGUGAAAGUGCAAGAGCAACUACGCACUAUACGCGUUUUAUUUAAACGUCUAAGAUUGAUUUAUGAAAAGUGUAAUGAAAAUUGCCAAAUUCAAGGAAUGGAGUACACUCAUAUAGAAAGUUUAAUACCUUUCAAAGAUGAAAUGGAUCCGAAACACGAUGAGAAGAAAAAUUCUGAGUCUUAUCGUUCCGCUUGUGAAGAAAGUAAGGAAGUCAUGGAGCAAGUUGUUUUGAAGAACAAACAACUGAAAGAAGUUAUUGAUCAUCUACGUCGAAUUAUCUGGGAGAUUAAUACGAUGUUAACCAUGAGAAGGUCCUAGCAAUUACUGUACUAGUUAUCUUUCUUUCUCUUACUAUUAUUUUUAAAUGUAUUUCUUUCUGUUUCUUAUUGUUUGUAUAUAGUUAUAUGUUGUAGAAUUUGUAUUCCAUUUGUCGUGUCUUCUCUAAUUAUGUCAUUGUAUAUACACAUACUAACAUUCGUAGAGCCGCGCUUAAAAAGCUGCAAUUAUAAACAUCUUUUGAUGACAUCUUUAUACAACAUUGCUUAUUAUAUCAUUUAAUUGGUAGAUAUUGAAUAUAAUACAUUUUCAACAAAUAUUGAUAUAUCAAAGCAGAUAAAUUUCACAAAAUACAUUUAGAUUUAUUUCAAAUAAUAUUAUCAAAAGUAGUACAUGAUGUUUAUCUCGCUCAUUUCAGUGAUAUUCAGACUUUAUACAUAAUAUAUGCUCAUACGUAUAUACGGUCUAUUGACCUCAUCUUUGUGCCCUAUUAACUAAUUGUAAAAACUAUAAUAAUACAGGAAAAAUACAUGACUUUUGAAUAUAGUUAUAGUUAUAAUAUGUAACAUAAUCUAUAUUUUUUUAUGUCAAACUAUUCACGAUAAUCGUACAA